AUGGCUGCUUUUCUUCCACCUGGUGUUGUUUUCAUUCCUAAUGAUGAGAUUCUUAUUGGCUAUUACCUUGCCAACAAAAAUAAUGAAGAGCUCCAUAUUUUCAAUGGCUCACACAUGAUUAAAGAGAUGAACCUAUAUGACACUGAUCCCUUCGAAUUAAGACAUUGCACGACCGGAUUUUGGAAGAAGAAAGGAAAUGUUCGUAACAUUACUAAUGCAGAUAACGUAGUUUUAGGAACUAAAACUCUCUUUGUUUUCUAUCUUGGAAAAUCCCCAAAUGAUUCAGAAAGAACUAAUUGGACUAUGUAUGAAUAUGCUUUGGCAAACAAUCCGCAGGCUCGUUUUGUUCUUUGUAGAGUAUUUGAUUGCCCAAUAGAGAUGGAAGUGGAUGAUGAGUUUGGGCCUAUAUCUGAUGUUGAUGAGACUGACUGUGAUGAAAGUGAUAAUGAACUUGAGAAAUUCCACUUAUGA